UGCUGCUGCUUUUCCCCGCCUGGCCGGCCGAGCGAGCGAGAGAGCGAGCAAAAGUCAUGCGGGUCAUUCGGUGAGACCGAUUCGGCGGACGACUCGUCGGACACACGGCUGUCUCUGCUGCCGAAACGCCGACAGAGAGAUUGUCGACAAGCAACGAGUGUCACUUCUUGUCACUUCUUGCGUCGAGGCCGGCGCAGGAGGCGCAGCCGUCGUUGCCGUGCUCGCGGCGUGACCUUGCGUGUCCUUGACCAGCGCGCAGGAUGACCCGAGCGGCGGCGGCCUGAGCAGACAGUCCGUCGGCCCCCGUCAAAGGUGAGUCGCGUCCCGCCGCCUCGCGCCAUCGACUACUUCAGAAUGGCCGCGGAGCGGUGCGGCCUUGGCUCCCUGCUGCCGACAGGGUGCAGGGGCCGCGCCGAGACGUUCGCCCGCCGCCUCUCGAACCGCCUCCGCUCCCUCGGUCACGGCAGCGGCCAGUACGAGGAGGACGCGGAUGGCGCGGCCGCGCCCGGUCUUCAGGCCACCGACUCGCCCGAGUUCUGGCAAAUGCGACGCACCGGCAGCAAAGAGGCCCUCGUCGUCUCGCCGCCCGACUCCAACAACACCGACAGGUUCUACGACUUUGACGUCGUCGACCAACAUUCUGGAGCUUCUAGUCCCACCAAUGAGGAGGAAAUAAUCAAUGAGUCUGACGGACUAACGACUGAAUGCGAGUCAGGAUGCGUGCUGGCGUCGCCGACGCAGGCGGACGACGCCGACAGCGAAGAAGACGAGACCUCGGUGUACUUUGAGCCGGCGUGGGGCGAAGUGCUGGCGGACGCGUUCGCCAGUUUGGUGCCGCCGGAAAAGAGACACCAGGAGGUGCUGGUCGGCAGCAGCAAAAAAAGGCAGCCCAAAGAGGAAAAAGAAGCAGAGGAGCAAGAGGCGCCGCUGGACGGCGACAUUGCGGAAAGUGCUAUCAACGGAAGCAGGGUGGGCUGUGCUGCCGAGGAAGAGGACAAAGAGGAGGACGAAGAGUGCAGAUUGCUUGUGAGCCCCGAAUGCAAUCACGUGCAAGAAGCUGAGCAGAACACACCGGAAGAGGGCGAGCUACUAACAUCACCUGCCAGUCCAGAAAACCACCACGAAAUCUCUGCUGAAGAGCGGGAAAUCUUAGAGGAAAAACUGGUGAGAAAACUGGAAGUGAUGACCAACAAGAAAGCGGUGGAGAGUCUGUUGCACGAAGAGACCCUAGUGGGCGAUUCUUUCAACAGCCCGAAGGUGGUGCUGUCCAGAGCCGAGACCCCCGAAGAGUUGGACAAGGAGUGCACCAUUCCCCACGCCUGCCACGACGACACCCUCAACACACCGGACGAGCCCCCCAGACGAGUGCAGCGCUCCUCCAGUUUGAAAACUGGCAAAACCCCUCCCGGUACUCCCGGACGCAAGAAAAUCGUCCGGUUCGCGGACGUGCUCGGACUCGACCUGGCCGACGUGCGGACCUUCAUGGACGAAAUCCCGAAAGUGCCGAGCUGCGCCUACUGGGACCUCCACGACCCCUCCCUCAGCGCCAGACGCGAGGAAGAAGCGCCCAAGGCACCUGAAAAAUGUCUCUUCCCAAUGUUCCAGCAACCGAGCGGGUGUCCGGAUUUCCUGGACAGACUCCGGAGUCAGCGGGUGUGCUUGGAGAACGCCUGUGUUGGCGACACGAUGAGCAUCACCGGCACCGUCCGGGUGCUCAACAUCGAGUUCCACAAGUCCGUCCACGUCCGGUACACCCUGGACAACUGGGACAACUUCGCAGACCUGCAGGCGUCCUAUGUGGCUGGAUCGUCGGACGGAUUUUCGGACAAGUUCUCGUUCAUUUUGUACGCCAACACGCUGGACAUCGGACAGCGAAUCGAGUUCGCCGUGCGGUAUACGACGUGCGGGGACGUCCACUGGGACAACAACAACGGCGCCAACUACGCCUUCCAGUGUCUCACGCCGGUCAACACGGACAGCAGCGACUAUCUCAGGUCGAACCUCGAAGUGCUGGAGACGCCGCCGCCCCCCGAGGACAGCGGUUGGGCCUCCUUCUACUGAUCAUUCAAAUAAAUGUCUCAUCAUAAAAUUUUUGACACCACUCGAAUUUGGCUGUCCGGCCUUUGAGGGGCCGGAACAUGCUUAAAUAUACGAACUGAAACGAGGACAAAGGUCACUGCCGAUCAAAAUGAUUAAAAAUUACCAGGCAGUGUUGGAAAAAAAUGUUCAGAUUUGUUAAUUAGUUGAUUUCAACAGAGCUGUGCUGUGUGUUGAAAUUCCUCGAAAAAUUUCCCAAAAGCUAUCAUUGAGUGUUUUAAGGAGCAGCUCAAAGUCUGAUUGGAUUAUUCGCAAAAUGUUUUAAUGCAAUUUGUGUGAUACGGUUUUUCUCAUCGAGUGCGUGGGCAAAAAUGUUGUCGCCACAAAAUAGCCGAUUUGGUUUUGGCUAAGGUCAUGCGCUCGUGAUUCUGAGCUGGAUCAUAGCCAAUGAGAGAAUUUAGAUUGCGGGACCCAGUUCCUAAUUGUUUCGUUGACCUUGUUCAGUGCAAUAUGUUGCUUUUCAAAUGGAGAAAAUUACACAAAAUCAAAAUAUAUAUUUCCGUUUAGGAUUUUUAUCAACGCAUUAUGUAUAACUUAUAAAAAAUGCAAUACACUGCGCGUUUAGGUAUUAACAUGUCAAUGUUCAUAAUUUUGUAAAUGUCUACCCUUUUAAGUGCUUGCGGAAAAUUGGAUUUGUAAAAUAUUCGGCGGCAAAAAAGCAUGAAAAAUAUCAAUCACAAUGAUUGGCUGGAAAUAAUGAAAAUUUGUUUGAAUUAUCUAUUAAAUUUUAGUGCCACACUGGUAGGACUGAUUAAACUCUAAAUAUCAAACCGCCAUAGCGAAAGAAAGUGAACACAAAAGUAAUAUAAAUUGUAAUAUUUUUAUCUGCUACAGAAGGAAAAGCAAUGCAGAAUAUUGUGUAUUUUCAAAAAUAUGAUAAUUGCUCCCACCAAAUAAUUUUAUCAUCUCAUACCUCUUUUACAAUCAAUCCUGUUCAAGUGGUUUUUUUUUUUUGAAACUUGUAAUCUC